UUACUCGAUAUUCCAUUAAGUUGGCUCACUUAGACUACCCCCUUUGGAAUUUCAUCCAGGCUCCUAUGUGAACAACUUUGAUCCACAAACAUUUGCUAAUUUACGAGCAGGCCACCAGUUUAAGUUUAUAAACCUUGUGGCGACUUGCCAUGGGGUUGACGAAGCAGUACCUGCGCUACGUCGCCAGUGCUGUGUUCGGGGUUAUCGGGAGCCCCAAAGCCAACAUCGCCUAUGUUACCAUCAGAGGAGGGGAGAAGGGACGCUUCGUUGCUGUGGCAGCCUGCGAACAUGUCUUCAUAUGGGACGUGCGGAAAGCAGAAAAGGUGCGGAUUCUAGAGGGGAAGAAGCAUGAAGUGACACAUCUGUGCCCCUCUCCUGAUGGCAUCAACAUCGCUGUAGGAUAUGAAGAUGGCAGUGUGCGCAUUUUCAGCCUGCUCAAUGGAGAAAGCAACGUGUCUUUCAACGGCCACAAAACUGCAGUCACAGCAAUCCAGUAUGAUUCACUCGGUGCGCGCCUUGUGACUGGAUCACGGGACACUGAUGUGAUCGUUUGGGAUGUGAUCAAUGAGUGUGGUCUGUACAGACUCAAAGGACACAAGGAUGCAAUUACACAAGUCCUGUUUCUAAAGGAGAAAAAUCUUCUGGUGACCAGCUCAAAAGAUACCUUUGUGAAAUGGUGGGAUUUGGACACUCAGCAUUGUUUCAGGACCAUGGUGGGGCAUCGCAGUGAGGUGUGGGGGAUGGCCUUGCUCAACCAGGAGAACAGAUUGCUGACAGGCUCAGCGGACAGUGAGCUUAGGGCCUGGGACAUCACCUACCUUGACGAGGGGAAGGAGGUAGGUGAGCCUCAGCAGAAGAAAGGCAAAAGUCUCCUCGAUGAUGAUGAUGAUGAUGAUGACGAGGAAGGUGCUGAUGAUGAGCUGGAGGAGAGGAUCCUGAGCUGUAAGAAGACCGGCUCCAUCCUCAGGGAAGGCAGGGACAGAGUGGUGUCUCUCAUGACCGACGCUAAAGCCAGAUUCCUCCUGUGUCAUGGUACAGAUAAUGGCCUGGAGGUGUUCUCUGUCUUACCUGAGGAGGAGAUCCAGAAGAAGAUGGAGAAAAAGCUCAAGAGGGCCCGAAAGAAGGCUUUGAAGGCGCAGGAGGAGGGGGAGGAGGCUGCGGAGCCAUCGGUGGAGAGGAAGGUGGGAGAUGAGAUCAACAGGCUGCUCACCCUCAGGGCCUCCGCCAAGAUCAGGUCUGUGGACUUCCUGAUGAUGCCCAGUGGGGAGAUGAGGCUGGCGCUGCUCCUGCAGAACAACACGGUGGAGACGUACACGCUCCGGCCCGGCGACCAGACCCCGGCCGGCACCAAGACCUCGCGGCUCACGCUCGGCGGCCACCGCACCGACGCCCGCACGCUCACCUUCAGCUCCGAGAACUCCUCCAUCCUCUCCGCCUCCGGGGAGACGGUGAAGGUGUGGAACAGGUCCACCCUGCAGGUGGUGCGCACCAUGGCCUGUGAAUACGCCCUCUGCUCCCUCUUCGUCCCCGGAGACCGACAGAUCAUCCUGGGCUCCAAAUCCGGAAAGAUCCAGAUCUUUGAGCUGUCCUCAGGCAGUCUGCUGGAGACCAUAGACGCCCACAACGGGGCCGUGUGGUCCAUGUGCCUCUCACCUGACCAGAGGGGCAUUGUGACUGGCGGUGCAGACAAGACCGUGAAGUUCUGGGACUUUGAGCUGAUAAAGGACGAGCAGUCUGAACAAGCAUCAAAGAGGCUGACGGUGAAACACACCCGCACGCUGCAGCUGGAUGAGGAUGUGCUGUGCGUGCGCUUCAGUCCUGACAGCCGGCUGCUGGCCGCGUCACUGCUUGACUCCACCGUUAAAGUCUUCUACGUGGACACACUUAAAUUCUUCCUGUCUCUGUAUGGACACAAGCUUCCUGUCCUCUGCCUGGACAUCUCUCACGAUAGUGCUCUGAUAGCCACCGGCUCCGCUGACCGAAAUGUGAAGAUCUGGGGCCUGGACUUCGGUGACUGCCACCGCUCCAUGUUUGCGCACGAUGACAGCGUCAUGUUUCUCCAGUUUGUCCCCAAGACCCAUCUGUUCUUCACGGCGGGCAAGGAUAGGAAGAUCAAACAGUGGGACGCCGACAAGUUUGAGCACAUCCAGACUCUAGAGGGCCACCAUCGGGAGGUGUGGUGUUUGGCCAUCAGUCCCAACGGUGACCACAUCGUGUCGUCCUCCCAUGACAAGUCUCUGCGCCUGUGGGACAGGACCAGAGAGCCCAUCAUCCUGGAGGACGAGAAGGAGACGGAGAGGGAGGCGGAAUUUGAGGAGAGCAUGGCUAAAGGAGAUGAGCCAGUGGUUCCUGGAGAGACGGCUGGUGAAGCAGCACCUGCCGCAAAAAAGACGAUAGAGACGGUCAAAGCUGCCGAGCGCAUCAUGGAGGCUCUGGAGCUGUACAGAGAGGAGACGCAGAAGAUGGAGGAGCACGAGGCAGCCUGCAAGGCAGCAGGGAAACCGCUGCCCCCUCUAAGGAUGAACCCCAUCCUGGUGGCCAAUGGGAACGCCUCACCCUCCCAGUACGUGCUGGAUGUCAUCAAGAAGGUUCGCUCCAGUGAGUUGGAAGUGUCUCUGCUGGUGCUGCCCUUCAUGUACGUGCCUGACCUGCUGAAGCUCUUUAACUGCUAUGUGAAGGAUGGCCUGGAGGUGGAGCUGGUGUGCCGCUGCCUCUUCUUCCUGCUUAGGGUUCACUUUGGCCAGAUCACUACUAAUCAGGUUAUGCUGUCUGUGAUGGAUGAGCUCAGAGUCAACACCAUAUCUAAAGUGCGGGAAAUUAGGGAUGUUUUGGGGUUCAACGGCGCUGGACUCCAGUUCCUGCAGCGCGAGAUCGAGAGCAAGGAGGACGUGAUGUUCUUCGCUGACGCCACCGGCCACUUUGGGGAGAAGAAGAGGAAGAGGAGGAAGAGGGAGAGAGCCAUCCUUUCACUCGCAUAAACAAAGAAAGAACGAAAAAAUAUUUGUCUGACAGGAUUCUGCAUUUCUUAUAGACUGCCUUUGUGAAUGUAUGUUAGACGCACCACAGCGAGGACCAUUUUGUCUACUGGAAGAGCGCCUAUAUUUUGAUGUGACUUGGGGGAGUAUGUUGUGCUGAAAAAAGGGGAAAAUAUCUUGACCUUUGCCACAACUAACUGUAUCUGUGUUGUCAGGCUUUUAAAAAAGGUAUUUGUAAUAAAAUACAAAAGCAA